UUGACUGUUGCAAUGCGAAACGAGGGAGAGAAAAAAUGCUACUGAAAUACAUGAUUUGUUGAGUCACCAUUGAAUGCUGAUGGUCGCAUCUCUGCGCCCAACUGAUUUUGGAGCUGGAGGUUGUAAAUUCUGUCGGGCCGACAGUGCUUAGGACCCGUUAUCACAUGUGGAGACUGCAGGCACUGCGCAUUGAAUUAAAUUCGGUUUAUUUUCUCAAUCGCUCUGAAAUAAACGAGCGGAACGCGAGAGCUGCGAGGACGUGCAGAUUACAGCGGCGCUCCACGCAUCUCUUCUGAUGAAAUUGGAUGCUUUGCUGCGUAACAGACAUUAGUUGGUCCUAGCGCAUUUAUUUUUUCUUACAAUAGUUGAAUAUUUAAGUUUUCUGUUUCCUCGACAGAGGUGUGCGAUGCGAUUUGAGUGGUUGGCACAGAGUCGAAUUGUGACAUAUUGCGCGGUGGCAGCGUUGACUCAGGUCAGAAUCAGCAGAUUGCGGCAUGAUCCGUACUCCAGUGGCCACCGAAUUUAAACGUUCAUUCGCUCUACGCUAUCCUGCUGCUGCAGACUAGACAAGAUCGAUCUGCAGCGUGCGUGUUAUGGUUUGUGGCGCGCAGGAAAGCUAACUACCUAGUCAAUAACGUUAGGCUGUACUAUCGUGCAACGCACAAUUUCAUUAAUCUGCUGACCCCAUCCACGAAGCAGUCAUGCCGUUAUCACGCCUUCCUUGCAACAUCAUAGUGGGUUGUACGCUGCUCUUGCUGGUGGCCUGCGGCGCCUCUGGUCCAGACCCGGCGCUUCUGCCUGCUUCCCUGGAGCCGGCGCCGACCCAGGCUCAGGCUGAGUGGGGAGAGGGAGUCCCGCUGGGCCCCGAGGGGCCCGCUGCUCUCGGCCCCCUGGGUGGCUUCCAGGAGUCAGGCUUCUCCAGCGAGGAAGCAGAGGACCCCAAAGCCCAGCAGUCCCAGUACUUCUGGGACGAAGGUGGGGAGGUCAACGGCACAAAUCUGGACCCGGAUGUCACUGGUGACAGCCCAGGAGGCUUCCAGCCCUCCUCUCUGCCCCCGUCCCUCCCCGGGAAGAUGCCUUCUGCCCUGAACUCCUCCGCCACCCAGAGUGCCCUGGGGGAGUCUCUGGAGCCGGACCUGUGGGAGAUCCAGGGCGAGACCAGUGGAAGCCGGGCCGAGCCCACUUACGACCCGCCCGCCACAGACACGGUGCCCCUGACCCGCCCCACGCCCACCGGCUCAGAUACAGCCCCCCUGACCCGCCCCACGCCCACCGGCUCAGACACAGACGCCGGACCAGUGCUCCGAUGGGACAGCGCCGACGCCCAAGGGACAGUCCCUCCCAGUGAGGCGGAGGGAGGUCUCACACGUGCAGAAGUCUCCGUCCAGCUCACCACUGUCGGGGACCUAGCUGGGCUCUCACCUACGGACGAGACGGAGGGUGUGGACACUCUGUGGCUCGGUGGGGCUGGACUCUCUCCUACGGACGAGACGGAGGGCGUGGACACUCUGUGGCUCGGUGGGGCUGGACUCUCUCCUACGGACGAGACAGAGGGUGUGGAUGCUGUGCGGCUGGGUGCUGGGCUCUCUCCUACGGACGAGAUGGAGGGUUUGGAUGCUGUGCGGCUGGGUGCUGGGCUCUCUCCUACGGACGAGACAGAGGGCGUGGACACUCUGUGGCUCGGUGGGGCUGGACUCUCUCCUACGGACGAGACGGAGGGCGUGGAUGCUGUGCGGCUGGGUGGGGCUGGACUCUCUCCUACGCAGGAGACAGAGGGUGUGGAUGCUGUGCAGCUGGGUGGUAGGCUCUCUCCUACGGACGAGAUGGAGGGUUUGGAUGCUGUGCGGCUGGGUGGGGCUGGACUCUCUCCUACGCAGGAGACAGAGGGUGUGGAUGUAUCCUCGAUCCUGCAGCAGGAGGGGGGAUGGUACUCCCCUACGGAUCAGAUGGAGGGUGUGGACGUGGGGCAGCAGGGCGGGGCAGGAGCAGAACCGCACGGCUCGGUUCAUCACACUCCUCUCACCACGGUCCCCUCUGCCUCCCCCUCCUCCUCCUCAUUCCCUCGCUCUGGGGCCUCCACAGACGCCCCCAGCACGGCCCCCCAGGGCCGGGCGCCCACGCUCGGGCAUGGGGGCACCCACUUCAACUCUGACACUGAUUUCCUGGACAAGCAUCCGGCCCACGAUCCACUGCAGGUCAUUUGUGUGGAUUGGAGUGACCUCACAGGGAAGGGCUACGUCAUCCUCAACAUGUCUGACAACCUUGAUUGUGAUGAGUUUCGUGUGGAGAGCGGAGACCAGCUCUUGGACCUUCUGGAGACAGCGUUCUCGCGGAAGAUGAACAGCCCCCGGGGGUCCUGGCAGGUUUCCCUCAGCAAGCCCACCCGCCAGGAUCGCCAGCUCCUCCUGACCGUGGCCAGUGAGCAGGGAGUGAUUGCCACUAAGGAAGUGCUGUCAAUGCUUGGAGAAAUCAGGAGAGGAUUACAUGAUAUCGGCAUCCAGAACUACACCAGUGUGUCGAGCUGCCAGUCCCAGCCCAGCCAGACCCGCAGUGACUAUGGCAAGCUGUUUGUGGUCCUGGUCAUCAUCGGGUCGGUGUGCGUGGUCAUCAUCGCCUCUGGACUCAUUUACAUCUGCUGGCAGCGUCGCCUGCCUAAGAUGAAGAAUAUGUCCCGUGGCGAGGAGCUCCGUUUCAUGGAGAACGGCUGCCAUGACAACCCCACCUUGGACGUCGCCAGCAACGGCCAAUCGGAAAUGGCGGAGAAGAAACACAGCGCCAAUGGAGUGGCGGCCGGGGCUGGGGGGGGCGGCGGCUGGCACGUCCUGGUCAACAAGCCGGGCAAAGAGGAGCCCGAAGCCCUGGAGGAAGACACCCAUCUUUAAUGCGCAGAGCGGAGAGGGGGGAGAGCUCACAAAAAACACACACAUCCACACCUCACGGCACGCAGCUCCAACAGGCUCUCCAGAACAUCCGCUCGCCCAAACCCAGCUUACAGACUUCUCUGGGAGCAAAGAAACACACGCUAUUUAUGAGAACCAUUCAUAAAACAGAGGACUAUCAACUUACUUUGCUUGGGGCGGGGUUCUAAAGGCUACUGUAAGGAUGUAGUAAUGGAACUGGGACAGUUGUUUAAAACAAUGUGUAAACGUCAUAGGGAUAAAUGUUUUCUCUGAAUAAUAUGAACGGUUGAAUGAAGUCCUGGUUUGUGGGUGACUAUGGUUGUGUUGAAAGAAGUCGAGCCUUAACUCCCCGUUGCGGUUCCCAUCAUCACCCGAUCACAAUCACAAUGGACCCGUGCAGAAUGGCCUGGCCAGGGCCAGAGGUGACAGCACUUAUAUAUGACCCAGCAGUUAAACCCACAGUACUUAACAGAACUGGGCUAUUUGUAUGCACUUGCAGGCUUGUUUUUGGCUGUGCUUGCCUUGUAACUUACUUAGUUUUUGAAAAUGAAUGUUAUCUGACCAAAUGCAAAUGCCUCUAUUAUGGUAGCACUGAAAAUAAAACUGAACAUGUGCAAUGUUAAAGUUGUCUUCUUGUUAAACGGUCAUGGGUGUUGCGUCCUGUCCUGCUUGCAGUGAUCCAAGUGGGCUGCAGCCUUCUCUGGCUCUGUACAUUUACGUCUGAAAGACACAAUAUUCAAAGUAUGAUGAUAUCUAAAAUGGUGGGAAAUGGAAAUUAGCUUUUCACUCGUGUGGCUUUUUAGAGGAUCUUUUUGAGAGUUUUUUGCUGUGCACUUUGAGCACCUGCUUGUACUGCUGGUAAUUAGUACAGAGUGUUGUGUAUAUUUGAACACAUCACAUGUGCACAAUCAAACUAUAUGACAGUUUUUACAUGCAAUGUUACCACCCAUUUUAAUAUGUGGGUGCAAUGCGUAAAUGUAGCAGUACUGUGCAAUUCUCCAUUGUUUAUUUAAGGGCUGUAGGCUGCACCAUUUGUGAUAACCAUACAUUGACAGGCAAGUAAACCGUUGUACAUUUAAAAAUGAUUUAUCUGUUUCUUUAAUAGCUGAAUUUCUGUAUAUGCGUAUGUUUAUGUAUAUAAAUUGAAUUCAUUGAA